GCUUCAUAAAUAUUUUUCGCCUACGAUAGUCAUGCAGGAGGCAAUCUGCGCCAAGUUUUUAAUAAAAUAAGUAGAUAAAAUAAUUUACAAAUUAUGGAGCAGAGUAAAUCUAAUUCUCCUAAACUAUUCGUGUGCACCGCUAUAGAAAACAAGGAUGAAAUUGAAGAGAGAUACGAACGAGUUUACAUCUACGUUCAGACCCUGGUUGUGGAUUGCAGUGAAAAGGAAGCACACGACGCUCUAAAUAAUGCAGUGUGUAAAAAUCAUGAAGAUGUUUCACUUGGCCUGCUUAUGUCCAUUCUAACUGAGCCCCAUAAUGCCACAAAAUGUUACAGAGAUCUCACUCUUGUUACCAGAGAUGGUUUUACAUGUGUGCUCAACAACCUGUCAAAUUUAAUAUUGGAGAGAUAUUUAAAAUUUCAAGAUACUACACGUAAUCAACUACUGUGGCUUAUUAAAGAAAUGAUUAGAAAUAAUGUAACUGGAGUUGACAGUGUAUGUUGGAACCUCAUGCGUUAUGCUUCCGGGGGUGAUAUUUCCCCCAAAAAUAUAAUCUUAGUUGAAUCUCUUUUGGAUAUCUUCAUUGAAAACAGAGCAUGGUUAGAUAAAUUUCCAGUACUUAUUUGCAUGGUGGUUUACACAUAUCUAAGAUUAAUUGAAGAUCACAAUAUACCACAACUUAUAACACUAAGGCAAAAAGAAGUGAACUUUGUUUUAACACUUAUUCGAGAACGGUUUGCCGAUGUUUUAACUCUGGGUAGGGAUCUGGUACGAUUACUUCAAAAUGUUGCACGCAUUCCUGAAUUCAAUCAACUAUGGCAAGAUAUUUUGAUGAAUCCAAAAUCAUUAUGCCCUACUUUUACUAAUGUUUUACAACUACUACAGACAAGAACAUCUCGCAGAUACUUGCAGUCUAGACUGACUCCUGAUAUGGAAAGAAAACUGGUAUUCCUUACUUCACAAGUCAGAUUUGGCCAUCAUAAGAAGUACCAAGAGUGGUUUCAAAGACAAUAUCUUGCCACCCCUGAGUCGCAAUCUCUUCGAAGUGAUAUGAUACGAUUCAUCGUUGGUGUUAUACAUCCAACAAAUGAACUCUUAUGUUCUGAUAUAAUUCCAAGGUGGGCUGUAAUCGGUUGGCUUCUUACAACUUGUACAUCCAAUGUGGCUGCAUCCAAUGCCAAAUUGGCCUUAUUCUAUGAUUGGCUGUUUUAUGAUCCUGAAAAAGAUAACAUUAUGAACAUUGAACCUGCAAUACUAGUUAUGCAUCACUCAAUGAGAUCACAUCCAGCUGUCACUGCAACAUUACUUGAUUUUCUAUGCAGAAUCAUUCCAAAUUUUUAUCCACCUUUUGCUGACAAAGUAAGACAAGGAAUUUUUAACUCACUUCAACAAAUAAUUGAAAAGCGAGUAUUACAGAAUUUACACCCAUUAUUUGACUCACCUAAAUUAGACAGGGAGUUACGAACAACUGUAAGAGAAACCUUCAAAGAAUUUUGUACCAAUGGGAAUGGAGAAGGUGUAUCAGGAAUGCGUGAUGAAGGAGCAGAAGAGAUUCCAAGAGGAGGACCUGAUGAGCCUGCUUUUUCAGAUGAUGAAGAUGAUGCCCCACCCAAUAUUGCAGAAGACACCGAUGAUGAUGAUUUGCCACUAUCUGAAGUUAGAGCUAGAGAAAGACCGGAACUAGCUGCAGCUUUACCGCUUAUUUUACGGCCAUUGGCAGAAACACUUUUAGAUGAACGUUCUUCGUCUGCAGCCACAGCAUUAUUAAAUGCUUGCGGUUCUCCAAUGCCCACACCUACAGCACUAGCAGAUUUAUUCACAGCAACUGUUCAGGAUAUGCCACUAUUAAAAAUCAAUCGUAACCCAAGUCCUACAGAACUUGAUACAGCAUCAAAUACCCCAAUAUUUUCCAUGUUCACUUUCCUCACUGCCUCUGGUGAUGGAACGGAAGCUAAAAAGAAAUUAGUUUUAGAAACGUUUAAGGAAAUUCAUGCUCAGAAUGCUUUUAACAGUGUAGGAUUUUAUUUACUGUUCUAUUUAAAGGUGUGUUACGAACGCGAUAGACGUGCUGAACGUGAUUUAGUGAAAAAAAGAGAGGUGAAAUUUAAGGCAGAAGUAUACAGAGAUUAUUGUAGCUUCCUUGAAUUAAAACUAGGAGAGAGUUUAGCUGAUGACUUUGAAAGGUGUCAGGAAUGUGAUUCAAAUGUUUUAGUGUGGUUGAUACCAGAUGUCUACAGAGAAUUCAAAGAUCAAGCUCAAAAUCAUAUAAGAUUGCUCCAUGCUAUAGUUUCUACAUUAGACGCAGGGCAGUUACAACGACUGGUAUGCCUAACUCUACAGGGCAAUUUAAUGAUGUUUAAAUCCGACGACUUCAGCACGAUGCUUUCGACGAGCCUCAAUUGGGAAACUUUUGAGCAAUACUGCCUUUGGCAACUUUUGACUGCUCACGACAUUUCAGUAGAAGAUGUCUUACCCAUCAUUCCCAAACUGUCUUUCAAAGAGCACGCAGAAGCACUGACAUCAGUUUUAUUGAUGUUAAAACAAGAAAGACCAACUGCUGAUGUUUUACGACAGUUAUUUUGUAGAUCUGUAGAUGAAGAAGAUUCCUUCGUUUUGUCGACUUUAAAAAACUGGUGUUACGAUUAUGAGGAUAAACUUGGAGAUCUUGUAUCUGUUUUAUUGAGUACACGAUACCCAGGCACGAGUCCCAAUAAAAGAAAACGUCCUAGCAAACACAGCAUACCACCGAACGCUCCACCUUCUGCAGAAUUGGUCCUGGCCCACUUGGAACAAAUGAGGGUGAGCUGUGUUGAAAAUGACGAUAUGUCCAUUUUUAAUAUGGAAUGUAUGCAGAAAGCAUUACAACAAGCACAAUCUAAUAGUAGUGAUAGUAUAAGGAAACAGUAUAUCGAUUUAUUUUCAUUAGCACGAGAAGAUGAAUUACCAAUAUCAAGGCGAGCAAGAAAAUUAGUAUCAAACUCAUUACCAAUAAACGCAAACUUGCAUUCAUCUAACGACGAGAGUGAGGAAGAAGACUUCGUGAAACCAAAACAAGCGAAACGUCGCAAGAAGGCAAUUUCAGACAGCGAUUGACAUAUCUCAUAUAAAAAAGACGGUAAUUUUAAACACCAAAGUGCAACUCUACAAUACAGUAAAUAUUAGUAUUGUGUAAUACUUUAAAAUUGUUUGUUACCUUAUGUUAUUAAUCGGGUACAAUUCCAAGAAUGGUACCUUAGUUCAUUGUCUUAAGUUCGCAUUGGUAUUGUAUAUGUAUGUAAAUUUAAUAUAAGUUUUUUUUUUCCAUGUAUCAAACGAUUACUUCGGAGUGUAGUACUUAAUGCACUUUACGCUAAAUAUUCCAUUUAUUCAGAAACAAAACUUACAAAGAAAGUAAGGAAAGUUUUCCAGCAAACCAAGCAAAGGGAUUUAUGUUUCUAAGUUUAAAGUGAUUUAUAUCAAUGAAUUGAACAGGACAUGUUUUAUUGGUAUUCGUUUUUACCUCGGUUAUCUUCUCAACAAUCCUGGUUAAUCACAAAAAAAGAACAAGAUUGACGAUAAAUAAAUGAGUUAAUUGUCUGGUCGUUUUAUCAAAACAAUUCAUAUUGAUAUAUGCCGUACAUAAUAUUUCUAAUAAAAAUAUCUAUCUGGGACACGUCCUUAAUGACAAUUACCAUUAUGACCACCUCAUUGCUUGGUGGCUCGAAUAUCCUUUUUUCUUUUAAUAAAAAAACAACAUUAUUUUUCCAUAAUAAUUUAUUUCACUGUACAUUUUGACACAGUUUAAUAAUAUGAUACAAUAAUAUGUUUUAGGUAAGGUACCCAAUUGUUGUACAGUUUCUUUUUAUUCUCUUGAUGUCGGCCGGAUUUUAUUUAACUAUGUAAGGUAUUCGACCAAGUUUUAUUCAAAAGAUAUAUUGUAUUGAUGCAAUUUUCGAAAUACGUUUUACACUAGGAUCAAUAAAGUAUUUCCCCUUA